CCGUCAGAUGUCAAAUCAAUAUUUUGGUGUUCAAAAUUCUUGGCCUAAAUAAACGGCCCCGUACAAUAACCCCCGAAUAGCCCCACAUCUACACAAAUGUCACAGCAACGAAACUGACAUGAGUUUAAAUGAAAUCUACCACGAGAAACAAGUUAGGGAGUUGUGCGCCUUGCACGCGCUCAACAACUUGUUUCAGAGUCGCGACGCGUUUACCAAAAACGAAUUAGACGGUAUAUGUCAGACUUUAUCGCCGGACAACUGGAUCAACCCCCACAAAUCGGUCCUGGGACUGGGCAACUAUGACAUCAAUGUUAUAAUGAAAGCCUUACAGUCCAGGGGCUAUGAAACAAUAUGGUUUGAUAAACGAAAAGAUCCAAGUUGUUUACAGUUAAAAAACAUAUGUGGGUACAUUUUGAAUGUACCAAGUGAUUACAAAAUAAGCUUCAUAACUCUACCUCUUCGUAGAAGGCACUGGAUAACAAUUAGGGAAUUAAAUGGACUGUUUUACAAUUUAGAUUCUAAGUUAGAUAAGCCACUAAUUAUAGGAAGGGAUCAAGAUUUAUUGAAUUAUCUAAAACAAGAAUUAGACUGCAAAGAUAAAGAACUGUUUCUGGUUGUGUCACAAGAAUUGGACAAAAACCAGGCAUGGUUAAAGGACCAAGCAACAUACAGUAACAAUAUACCAGAAAGGGAGGCUGAAAUUUUGCAGCUCAAGGAUAUUUUGAAUGAAGACUCUGUUUCUGUCAACAGUUUAUAGCAAUAUUUUUUGUAACUGUGCGUAGCUUAUAUUUAAUUAUGAAACUGCCAAAACAUACAAGUUUUAACACUGUUAUUUCUAAGGGUAAAUGUUGAUUAUGGUUUGUUUUCAUUUGUAUUCAAAUGUCUGAUGUUCUGUUAAUAAAUGUUUACGUCGCA